AUGGCGGGACGGCGAGCCGCGGCCCGCGCGCUGUUGGCGCUGCUGGUUCUGCGGGCGCUCGGGGCGGCGGCGCACCCGCAGUGCCUGGACUUCAGGCCGCCCUUCCGGCCCCCGCAGCCGCUGCUCUUCUGCGCGCAGUACUCGGCCUUCGGCUGCUGCACGCCCGAGCAGGACGCCGCGCUGGCCCGCCGCUUCGGGGCCCUGGCGGCGCGCGUAGACGCCGACUUGUGGGCCGCGUGCGCCGGCUACGCGCUCGACCUGCUGUGCCAGGAAUGCUCACCCUACGCGGCCCACCUCUACGACGCCGAAGACCCGGCCACGCCCCUGCGGACGGUGCCCGGGCUCUGCGAGGACUACUGCCUGGACAUGUGGCAGACCUGCCGGGGCCUGUUCCGCCACCUGUCGCCCGACCGCCAGCUCUGGGCGCUGGAGGGCAACCGCGCCAAGUUCUGCCGCUACCUGGCCCUGGACGACACGGACUACUGCUUCCCGCACCUGCUGGUCAACGAGAACCUCAACGCGAACCUGGGCCGCGUGGUGGCCGACGCCAAGGGCUGCCUGCAGCUGUGCCUGGAGGAGGUGGCCAACGGGCUGCGCAACCCCGUGGCCAUGGUCCACGCCCAGGACGGCACCCACCGCUUCUUCGUGGCCGAGCAGGUGGGGCUGGUGUGGGCCUACCUGCCCGACCGCUCGCGGGUGGAGAGGCCCUUCCUGAACGUCAGCGAGGCCGUGCUCACCUCGCCCUGGGAGGGCGACGAGCGGGGCUUCCUGGGCAUCGCCUUCCACCCCCGCUUCCGGCACAACGGCAGGCUCUACGUCUACUACUCGGUGGGGGUCGACUUUGACGAGUGGAUCCGCAUCAGCGAGUUCAGGGUCUCGGAGGACGACGUGAACACCGUGGACCACAGCUCUGAGAGGAUAAUCCUGGAGAUCAACGAACCAGCCUCGAACCACAACGGGGGCCAGCUGCUCUUUGGCAACGACGGCUACCUCUACAUCUUUACCGGUGAUGGCGGGAUGGCCGGAGACCCCUUUGGAAAGUUUGGGAACGCCCAAAACAAGUCAGCGCUGCUGGGCAAGGUGCUGCGCAUCGACGUGGACCACAGUGAGCACGACCUCCUCUAUGGCAUCCCUCCCGACAACCCCUUUGUGGGCGACCCCGCCGCGCGGCCGGAGGUCUACGCACUGGGGGUGCGCAACAUGUGGCGUUGCUCCUUCGACCGUGGUGACCCGGUGUCGGGCGCGGGCCGCGGGCGCCUCUUCUGUGGCGACGUGGGCCAGAACAAGUUCGAGGAGGUGGACCUGGUGGAGCGCGGCGGCAACUACGGUUGGCGUGCGCGCGAGGGCUUCGAGUGCUAUGACCUCAAGCUGUGCGCCAACGCCUCACUCGAUGACGUGCUGCCCAUAUUCGCCUACCCGCACAAAAUGGGCAAGUCGGUCACCGGGGGCUACGUGUACCGCGGCUGCGAGUACCCCAACCUGAACGGUCUCUACGUUUUCGGCGAUUUCAUGAGUGGGCGUCUGAUGUCCCUCCGAGAGAGCCCGGAGACGGGCCGGUGGCGGUACAGCGAGCUCUGCAUGGGCCGUGGCCAGACCUGCGAGUUCCCAGGUCUCAUCAACAACUACCACCCGCACAUCAUCUCCUUUGCAGAAGACGAGGCCGGGGAGCUGUACUUCAUGUCCACGGCCGUGCCGAGUGCCACCGCGGCACGGGGGGUCGUCUACAAAGUAAUCGAUCCCUCCAGACGGGCACCCCCCGGCAAGUGUCAGAUCCAGCCCGCCCAGGUGAAGGUGAGGAGCCGCCUCAUCCACUUUGUGCCCAAAGAAAAGUUCAUCCGGAGAGCAGAGAGCACACCGCAGCCCACAGCACGCGCGACCACCAGGGCGCCCCGCCGCCGCCGCCCCACAGCUCCUCCGCCAGUGCCCACCCCGAGCCGAGCACCGCGCCGAGCACGGCCCACCCGGCGCCCAGCACGGCCCACGCAGCAACCCGGGGGCCGGAGGACCACUGGGCGGCAGCGGGGCCGGCCCGGCAAGGAGAACGCCUCACCCUCGAAUGGCUCCGUGCGCCUGGUGCGGCCCGUGGGCCUGAGCCCGGGCCGCGGCCGCGUGGAGGUGUUCGCGGGCGGACGUUGGGGCACUGUGUGCGACGACCGCUGGGACAUCAAGGCCGCCACCGUCGUGUGCCGACAGCUCGGCUUCGCACACACUGUACGGGCCACCAAGCGCGCCGAGUUCGGCGAAGGCCGUGCGCUGCCCAUCCUGCUGGACGACGUGCGCUGCGGGGGCGACGAGAAGACCCUGCUGGAGUGCCGGCACGCCGGCCUGGGCAGGCACAACUGCGACCACCAGGAGGACGCCGGCGUCAUAUGCAGCCACAAGGACCCCGACCUGCCAGCGAGCUAG